GCACUACAAAUUUAACUGUUAGCGUCUUCUGAAGUUGCACUAACUUUUAUUAGAGGAAGAAGAAACUAAAAAGAGACACGGCCAAUUAAAAAACACAAAGGUUUGCGCUGCCCAGUUCGGGGAAAAAAUGCGAAGAAGAACGCGGUGUUUAUAAAGAAGGACGUAUUUUGGAGUCGAUGCAGGUUUCGUCCGAAGCUGUGCUCCCACAUUAUAUAUGCGUUAUUACGAAGUUAGGUGGCGUUAAAGCUGUCGGAUGGUCGGAGUAUUUCAUCGACAGUCAACAUGGACCGCUACAACGAAGUGAAGCUUCUGCUGAAAAGCUGGGAGCAGGGGUUUGUCAAGCAGCACCAGAGGAAACCCAGCAAGGAGGACAUUGACCAAGCUCCAGAAGAGACCAGGAAGCUGUAUAAAGAGUAUCGCAAUUUGAAACAAGCCAAAGAGAACAGCGGCGGUGAUGCAGCCAGCGAACACGCUGAACAGUCCAGACCUAACACUAAGGAGUCAGACUGUUGGGGCACUCAUCUGAAUCGCAGUAUGUUGCCAGCGUCUUCUCCCAGACUGACAUCCCAGGACAGAGACAGUCUUAAGGCAUCGGCCCAAUACUAUGGCCUAAAGCUUAAAAACAACCUGGCUACUCUUGGUAAGGAGAGACCCGUCUCACUGAAGAAAUCUGUCCUUUCUGGUCGGGUGGCUCUAAACUCCUUAAAAGAUGGACAGAGUGGUCACACAACCAGCCCCGCUGCUGCUGCUGCCACUGACAAGACCACAUCCACUGACCCCACAUCCAGCCCCUUCUCUCCAAGGAGAGCAAAGACUUCCCUGGGGUCCCUGGUUUCAAAGAUGCUGCAUCCAGUGGAGACUGAAGAGCCGUUUGAGCCAUUCGAACCUGUCAGAGAGUCUGGGGAUGAGCCUUCAGCUCCUGCAAAUAGUUGGAGUAUUAGUGGUGGUGGAAGUAAUAUUAAUAGUAGUACCAGCAAAGUCAUUAGUUCUCAAAACCAAAACAACUCUAGUCUAGGUCCCUCUUCAGCCAGAUCUUCUUCCUUGUUGUUAUCCUUGUCUCCUACACGUAGCAUAGAAGCUUCAAGAGAAGAUGUUGGAGCCACAGAAGAGUUAAAUGACAGUGUAGACGCUUCAAGGGACAAAAAAGAGAGUUCUGAAACAUUAGGAACUCCACAUCAGGAUAUCGGUCCUUUGAGAGGAAGCCCACAGUUUCUUGGAGGUUUCAGAGGAGGAAUUGGAGGUAAAGGCACUGGAGGGAGGCCCUCUCCUGCCAGCAGGCUGAGUGUUAUCGAUAGGAAGUGGCUGGAGAGGUGUCAGGUGUUUGGAGAGAUGGGGACAGAGGAGACGCCUGGAGCAGGCAACCAGGAGAUAGAUGUAGAGAGACAAGGAGAGAGAGAAACAGAAGGAGGUGAAAGAGUAGGAAAAGGAGAAACAGAUGCAGAAGGAGAACAAAGAGGGGUAAUUGACUUGGGAAGAGAUGAUGGCUUUAAGAGCAUUACCAGUGACAAAACAGGCAGUGAUGGUGCACCAAAACCUGUUAUACAACCCACUAGGAAAAGUAAAGGAGGAGCAGAAAAAAGAGUGAAAAGGAAAGGAGGUGAGGAGAUGCAAAGAGGGUCAACGCCACCUCCAGCAUCAGGAGGGGAUGUUGAGACUAGUCACAAGUCCAAAGGCACAAAGAGAGGGAGAAAGAGGCAGAGAGAGGGAGAGGACAUGGAGGGAGAGAUGACACAGGAAGGAGGAGUGAAAAAGAAGAGGAGGAAUGGCAAAAACAAAGAAGAGAGUUCUGGUUUGAACUCCAGCCCAGGUCAAGGAGGAGAGAAGAAGAGGAGAGCCAAGACCAAGGGAGAGCCAGAUGGAGAGGGAGAAGAGGAGAAACAAACCCAGGUACCAAAAAAGGUGCCCCAGGAGAACCUGUUAGGAGAAAUAGAGGAAGAAUUUGUAAGUAAGAGAAUGUAUCACAGCCAGCCUGUCAGAGCCAGAAGCAUGAAAGGUGCAGAGGGUAACUUUGUGAAGAUUAAUCUAAAGAAGAAAUCUCAUGUGAAAGGAUAUGCCCUCAGAGGGGUAGCUCUGCGCAAACAGCUGUACAUGCAGAAAUUCCAGCUGAAAGGUGAGCGUUUUGGUGGAGGUGGUGGAUAUUUUGGCAGAGGAAGGAGAGGAGGCUUCAGAGGGGGGCUCAGUCGCCAGGGUGACACCUGCUACAAGUGCGGAGGAACUGGACACUGGGCCAUCGACUGCAAGGGACGAGCCCCUCCACCUCCUGUUCCUGAGGACCAGCCUGUUGAAGAGGAGCCUUUUGAGCUGCCAACUCUGGAGGACGUGGCCAGGGCAACAGGAACACUCGUGUCAUCUCCUCGUGUCAAAGAAGAGCAGCAAGACCAAGAAAAUGAGGCGGAUCAUGAGCAGAAAGACAAGGUGUUGUUGAAUGUGAUUCGUCCUGACUAUGAGAAGCCUGCGCCUCCACCACCAAUGGCACCGCUGUAUCAUCCCACAGAUGAUGGGAAAGUCCAGGCAACACCUGCUGAGGUGUAUGCAGCGCUGCAAGACCUCGGCUAUGAGUCAUUUAGACCAGGGCAGGAGGAGGCCAUCAUGAGGAUCCUGUCAGGUCUUUCUACCCUCGUAGUGUUGUCAACAGGGAUGGGUAAAUCGUUGUGCUAUCAGCUUCCAGCCUACCUGUACGCUCAGAGGUCAAAAUCCAUCACGCUGGUGAUUUCACCUCUUGUCUCACUAAUGGAUGAUCAGCUUUCUGGCGUGCCAUCCAAGCUGAAGGCAGCCUGUAUCCACUCUAACAUGACGAUGAAACAGAGAGAAGCUGCGAUAGAAAAGGUGAAGUCAGGCCAGGUGUGUGUACUGCUUCUCUCUCCAGAGGCUCUGGUCGGUGGGGGUGGUUCAGGUGCAGGGUGUCUGCCCUCUGCCCAGGAGCUCCCUCCUGUGGCCUUCGCCUGUAUAGACGAAGCUCAUUGUGUGUCUGAGUGGUCACACAACUUCAGACCCUGUUACCUGAGGCUCUGUAAGGUACUAAGGGAGCGUUUGGGAGUGCAGUGCUUAUUGGGACUUACUGCUACGGCCACGCUGUCUACUGCUCUGGACAUCGCUCAGCAUCUGGGCAUCACUGAUCAAGACGGCAUUGCAGUUAGAUCUGCAGCAGUGCCUCCUAACUUGCAUCUGUCUGUGUCCAUGGAUAGAGAGAAGGAUCAGGCUUUAGUGUCCUUGUUGAAAGGUGAUCGUUUUGGUUGUCUGGACUCCAUCAUCGUCUACUGCACCAGAAGAGAGGAGACUGCUCGUGUGGCAGCUCUACUCAGGACCUGCCUGCAGGGAGUGCUGGUGAAAGAAAACACCCAAACCAACGGCAGCAGCCAGACACAAAACAACCCUGUAGGACAGAAAAAGAAAGAGCUGGCAAGGAAGAGGAUUCGUAAACCACUGAAAUGGCAGGCCGAGUCGUACCACGCCGGCCUGUCGGGAUCAGAGCGCCGUCGUGUCCAGAACAACUUCAUGUGUGGGGAGCUCAGAAUAGUGGUGGCCACUGUGGCGUUUGGCAUGGGCCUCGAUAAAUCUGAUGUCCGUGGUAUCAUCCACUACAACAUGCCAAAGAGCUUUGAGAGCUACGUUCAGGAGAUUGGGAGGGCAGGGAGAGAUGGAGAACCGGCCCACUGUCACCUCUUCCUGGACCCUGAGGGUGGAGACCUCCAUGAGCUCCGUCGUCAUAUCUAUGCAGACACAGUGGACUACUACACAGUGAAGAGGCUGGUCCAGAAGGUUUUCCCUCCUUGCAAAUGUAAACAGAUACACCAGAAACAACAGGAGCUCAUCAAGGACGUUGAAGACUCUGAGCUGUUGGAAAUGAUGGAUCUGUGUGAUCAGGAGGACAGCCUGAACCCUCCUACUCAGCAGGACAUAGGAUCUACAGACAAACCAAAACAAGCUGCUGCACAGGAGACGUCUGAUUCAGCUGACUUACCUAUCCAAGAAGACAGAGAUGAAGGAAAGAAAAAGGAGGAGGAGGAGGAUGAUAGGAAAGAUGAACAGGCAGUAAAAGACGAGGGAGCAGUUGCUUUGGUGAAACACCAGGAUGCGGAGGUGACGGCAGCUGAUGAUUGGCCCAGAGAGCGAGUGUGUCACACGCACGAGAGAGCGAUUCCCAUCCAACAGACUGUCGAGGCUCUGGACAUCACAGAGGAAGGUGUGGAAACGCUGCUCUGCUAUCUGGAGCUGCAUCCUCAGCGCUUUGUCGAGUUGCUCCACCCCACCAUGUCUGUGUGCAAAGUCAGCUGCUAUGAUGGACCGAGACAGCUCCAGAAAAUCACUAAAAUCUGUCCUCCCAUUGCUGUGGUUCUGGCCAGAAGGCGGAUGGCAGGCGAGCGAGUGGAGACGUGUGACCAGCUGGAGUUUGACGUUGUCGAGGUUGCGGACACUAUGGGAUGGCAGCUUCCUCUUGUCAAGAGAGGACUCCGACAGCUGCAGUGGAGCACUGAUAGAGCUGGUGGCCGUAGCGGUGUCCUCGUCGAAUUCUCCUCCCCAUCUUUCUACUUCCGUUCCUAUGGUGACCUUAGCGACGAGGAGAUGGACAGAGUUUGUCAGUUCCUCCAUAAUCGAGUGCAGGAGCAAGAGGGAACACAGCUCUACCAGCUGACCGCCUGUUUUAAGGCCUUCAAGAGUGUUGCCUUCCAAAGUGUUUUGUCCUGUGUUGAUGAUUUGGAUGCGAGUCGCAGUCUUCAGCUGAAAAACCUUCUGUCUGAGUACUUUGACAAGAGGAGAGACCGAGACCACACACGCAAACCAGUGGACAUCGAGGAGCUUGACAGAUACAAACUGCUGGAUUGGGAAAAUCAAAUCAGAGCGGACAUCAGAAGUUUUCUUUCCACCCGCAGUGAUGAGAAGUUUUCUGGGAGAGCUGUUGCUAGAAUCCUCCAUGGCAUAGGCAGUCCGUGCUAUCCUGCUCAGACCUACGGCAAAGACAGACGCUACUGGCGGAAGUACAUCCACUUUGACUUCAACCAGCUCAUCAGACUGGCCACUCAGGAGAUCAUUUGCUUCAAGUGACCCACCUGACAUGCACACACAUACAAAAAUCUGCACAUGCAUACCAUGUGUGGAUUUACUGACUCUGUCACUCACUUCUGUGAUUUUUACCCAAUUCAAUUAGGUAAAUUUUGAUAAAACACCUAUUUUCACAUAAAACCUUAAUUCCAUCAUGUUGAAUAAUUUAAUUUAUACUGUUUUCUACAGUGUUAGGUUUUUGUACAUAUGUUUAAAAGCUUUUUUCU